UCUCGCCCAUUUUAAUUUCCGGGUGUGCACGAAGCAGCAAGCGGCACGAUCAUGCUGAGGUCCCGGCCAGUGCGAGUCGUAUCUAAGAAGUAAGGUACCUUCAUGCAGUCGUGACUGAGAACUCCUGUGUCACGUAAUCAUGGGUUUCAAGAGGCCUUUAAAAGACAAGGAUGACAGCGGCGGUGAUUGGGAAGACACUAUCGUAUUUGCCGUGGUUACAGCUGUUGGGAUCUUUCUCCUAUUACUAAUACUACUGAUACUAUGUCUGAAGUUCAAGUGGUGGCAGUCACUGAGCAAGAAGUUCUCAGUGCCUGCGCUUCGUGGUCGUGUGGAGGAGACCAACGACUUAUCCGUGUGGCCUGCGUACAGAAAUGGUCAGACGUUGUCUCUCGGAUAUCCUGCCCUAAACAUCGGCCGCUCUGAACAGUUCUCCUACACAAACGGAGCAGCUCAUUUCCAGGCGUACAUGUAUGACGGUAGAGUAGCUGGUUUUGGAGUGCUGGAAAACUCUUCACCUAAAUCAACUGUCAUUUCUCCUCCAGUGUCCUCGGUUGAUUUCUGUGACAGGAGAGGAAUCCCGGAUGACUUCUUGUACGAUUUGAGAAAACAAGAAGACACCAGUAAGAUUAAGACAGUCCACGGUAAGCUGGUGGUGUGUGUGUCCAGGUGGGUGGAUCACCGCGGGGCCGUGCUCAUGUUAGACUGCAUGGGCAUCUCACUAACCAUCCCCCCGGGAGCCCUGGAGACGUCCCGCAGGGAACUCAUCUCACUCACUCUGGUCUGGGACUUGAACGACGGGCCAAAGCUGACAGAAAAACAAGGUCUGGUCAGCCCUGUAGUUCACUGUGGUCCGCAUGGACUCACUUUGAAGCGGCCGUGUACACUCACUUAUAAGCACUGCGCAUUUGAACCUACUUUGGUCUCCACAUGGACCAGCGAAACACAUCUGUUUGGUGACAAGAAAUGGAGACUGUUAUGCAAGAAAAGAGACACAGACCGCCAGUGCUCCUUUCUUGGGGACGAAUGCAUUGUCAGGUUGAAUCACUUUUCUCUGUACACCAGUAUCAUGACUGCAGAAGACGGCGGUGUUGUCAGAAAAUGGCUACAGAUGGUACCUUUUGCGUACGCUCUCAGAGAUGGGCGCUUCUACGAGGUGAGGAUAUAUUUGCUCAACAACACCCCCUGCGCACUGCAGUUUGCUCGGUACAAGGAAGGGGAACUAGGCGGCAGACAGUGUAACGCUGAGAAGCUACUGCUCUUUGAAGGGGACGGUAGCAAUCUUAAACUUGAACUCACAACUCUGUGCGAUGGGUGGACGAACACGGAUGCCCCCAAAGAGGACGUACAGUUUAUCCAACUGUGGCACAAUCUGUGUCCAUACGCGUCCUUCUGUUUCCAACGCGAUGACCCGACGGUCUCCGAUAUCAGUGUUACCAUCAUCGCCUACCAGCGCAGCCGGGUGGAAGAUUCUGCAAAACUGCGGAUCCUGGCUGCCACCGAGGCUGGCCAGGGCACGUGGUCCUCUGGACCCACAAACUCUUCCAGACCUGGCUCAAGCCGAUCAACUGUGCCCUCUUCUGGGAAGGAUGUGAACAGCAGCCAGGUCGGCACGCCACUCCUGGGGCUUCCCGGCCCGAGGGUCCCGCGGAUCUCCCACUCCCUCAGGAUGAAGCUGCAGAUGUUGUUAGACGCACGUUCUACCCUUGGAAACGACUGGAGAGCUUUCGCCGGCAAGCUCAACCUCGACCACUGCAUACGCUGGUUGGAGACCCAGCCCAGUCCUAUGGCCAUUCUGCUGGACAGGUUUGAGGAGGAGGGCCGUACUGUGCAGGACCUCGGCUGCCUACUGUACCAGAUAGAGAGGCUGGACGCAGCGGCAACAGUCAUGGAACACCUGAAGGAGGCGGAACCACGCAGGGGGUCUGAUCAUACCACCAACUCCAGCAGUGAUGUUACAAUGGCAACUGAAGAUGCUGUAGAGGAUGACCAGGCUGUCAGUGAGGAUGAGCAAUCCACAGAUCUUUGAACAGUGCUUUUGCAUCAUUUUCACUUCUACAUUGUUCCUGUUUCAGGGAACCUUUGUAGGGUUCUAGCUAGCAGGCAAAUGUACCCUAGCUUGGAAGGAUGUAAUUACAUAAGAUGUUCAAUUAUACAUGUUUGGACUUUUUUGAAAAUGUUUCUGUGUGAAAUUCUGUUUUUCCUAUGAAAGUGAAAUUCAGUUUUUUUGUCUGAAAAUUUAGUGAAAAAUAGCCUUUCCUACGUACUACCUCUUUCUACAGGCAUAUAU